GGCGUACGUCCUCCGCAUUCCGUUGGAAUAUGUAAUCGAGUAGUUUUUACAAUGGGCAUUAUUCAAAACUGUAAAUUAUUAUUUUGUAAUGUAAAGAAGUAACAAAUAAAACUUUGAAAUGGCUGUUUGUAGCUUACGAACUGUGUUGUUGAUUGUAUGUAUACUAGAGUUGAUUGUUACUGUACAACGUCAAGUGUUUGAUUUCUUGGGUUAUAUGUGGUUGCCCAUAAUAGCAAACUUUGUUAAUAUUCUGCUCAUAAUAUUUGGAUCAUUUGGUGCAGUGCAAUAUAUAACAAGAUAUCUUCUAGCUUAUGCAAUAUGGAGUUUCAUGUGGCUGACAUGGAAUGUGUUCCUCAUGUGUUACUACCUCAAUCUAGGAAGUCUUAACAGAGAAAGCGGUUUAUUAUCACUUGGAACAGGCAGUGUUAGCUGGUGGGAGGGCAAUGGGUGGGGAUGUCAGCCAGUGUGGGGGGAAGUGGAUGGCCCUGGCACUUGGCGGCCAGAGCAUGUUGAUGGAUGUUUUCUCCAAUGGCACCUUGUGGAACUUGCACAGUCUGCUGUUGCCGCACUGCUCACCGUUAUAGCUUUACCAAUAACUAUACUUCUCACUUAUAGGUCUUUCAAAAAACACAAAACUGUAUCAGAUAAAAGUACACUACCUCGACGACCUGCAUAUUCAAUAGAACUAAGCCCCACUGAAACAAACAUAAGUGAAAGCUCAUCAAAACCAAUGACUCCAAGACGUGUCAAGAGAAGAUCUGGCUCGAGAGGCACAGGCUCCUCGGUGAGAAGAUCUCGACGGUCUUACAGGAAUGCGGGCUACUUGUCUUCCAAUGCGUCGCUGCCUCGUGACGCCAGACCGUCCCGCCCCACGUCGGCGCACUCUUCGUACUCGAACUUCCACGCGGCGCGGCCUGCCUCGUAUCACCCAACGGAAAAGAACACAUUGACACGCUCCCAAGAUGUUUACGAUCCUCCCCCGCCGACAGAAUCCGUGCCAAUUAUGACCAAUAGAUUUAACUCGACGAGGAGAACUGCGGCCAACAUCGGCCAUGACGUAGUCGGUCCAUACAACGAACCUAGAAGUUAUGAAUCACAACGAAACUAUGAAACGAAUGCACCUUCGUAUGAUAAUAUAGGACGGGGUUACGAAGUCGCCGCACCGACUUAUGAUUCUCGUAUGGAUACUGUAAGUCCGAUUUCGGAGUCUGCAUCGUACGGGGGCAAUGAUUACGGUGGGAUGGGAUACCCUGUGGAGGGGGGCUGGGAGGCUCCGCCGCCGCCCGCGCCGCCGUACAGCGCGCGCGCCACCCCGCAGGCGCCCGGCCCGCCCGCCUACCAGCCGACAAACGAUACCUACAACGCAGUGCCUUAAACCUUCACUAUCUGUGCCUUAUUCCAG